CAUAUAUGAAUGGCUCAAUUAACUUAUGAAAUCAGUAUAUAACAGUUCGCGUAAACACACAGUUGUUAUCAUGCAAAAAAUUAUAUUUUAUUGUACGUUAUCUAUUUGUGUCACUCUAUGUGCGGGAGGACGUGAACAGAGUACACAGAAGGUGAUUAUAGACAAUGAUGCUGGUGGAGAUGAUGCUAUGGCCAUUUUCUUGGCUUUACUUUACGAAAAAUAUUUUGAUGGACCAGAAAUAAUAGCAUUAACAACAGGCAAUGGAAAUACAGAUGAAAACAACGUUUGCAUCAAUAAUCAGCAAAUACUUAAAAUUGCAAAGAGACAAGAUAUACCAAUAUACAGAGGUAGUAAAACGUCAUUGGUAACAACUCCUGCGUCUGUUCAUUACUAUGGCCAUGAUGGAAUGGGCGAUAACAAUGAAGUUUAUUCUGGUUUAAUAGAGCCUCAUAAGCAGAAUGCUAUCACUGCUCUUAUAGAAUUAUCGAAGGAACAUGAAGGAAAAUUAUCAGUAAUUACAAUAGGAACACUAAGCAAUAUAGCGAUUGCCCUUAAAUAUGACGCGGACUUUCUGAAUCGAUUGGCACAUCUUUACGUUGGGGCUGGACACAUUUACAGUUCCGAAGACCCUGCGCCAGAAUUUAACGCUCUGAUGGAUGUAGAAGGAUACCACGUGGUCAUGCAAUAUGCUACUCCUGACAAAGUCACAAUAUUCCCUUAUUCACAAACGAGAGCUCACUGCAAUUUCAGCAGAGACUGGAGAAUUAAUAAACUAGGGUCUUUAAACACAACAAUAAUGCGGAACCAAAAUAAACACGAGAGAGUAUCGCUGAAGAAGAGCGAUAGAUGGCUGUCAUUAGAUCCUUCCGUGGUUGCAACAACCAUCAAUCCUGACUUGGUGAAAGAGUAUAAAUACGUGAAAAAUGACAUUAUUAUGUGUGGAGACCAAAGAGGAAUCAAUACAAACAAAUUCGUUGAAAAAGACAAAGCUAAUGCCAGAAUGGUGUUUUCAGUGAAAACAGAGGAGUACAGGCAAUUUCUAAUGGAAGUAUUUUCAGCGGGGGAUUGACAAUUUUAUGUUACCCAUCAAUAUAAUAAAAAAAAUAUUAACCAUCAA